AUUAUGGGCAGCGAUUUGAACAGGCUCAGACCGCACGAGUUCCUCAAUGAUACAUUGAUAGAGUUCGGCUUGAAGCUUUGGCUUACUGAUAUUAAGAAGGAAAACCCGGAUCUUGCAGAACAAAUUCACGUCUUCAGUUCGUUCUUCUACAAGAAGCUCAACAAUAAGAAAAGCUUGGACGAAGGAUACCAAAGCGUGAAGAAAUGGACGUCCAGGGUCGACAUAUUCUCGAAGAAAUACAUCGUUGUCCCGAUCAACGAGAAGUGAGUAUGGCCUUAACGAGGUUGGCACUCGCUGACUCCGUUUCAAGUCUUCACUGGUACCUCGCCAUCAUUUACGAACCCGAGCAUACUCUUCUCCCACCUCUCCCUCAGAAGGAACCUUCUCUUUCUCAGCGAGGAAAGCUACGGCGAAAGACUACUGCUGAACAAGACGUAAAUCCUGCGAUCGAACCGCAGGCUGCACCAACCCACGACCUACCAGCCCUGGAAGCACGAUCAGAGCCAGAUGCUGAAGCGGCCUCACUGCACGCCACUUGCGCGUCCACACCAAGUAUUACACAAGAUGAAGACAUGGAUGACAUCUCACCUGUGGAAUUCUCACAGUCAUGUUCAAUAUCCAACAAUCUUCCUGAGAAACCACGCAGGGCCUCAUCAUCCAAGCCUGUAUCUACGCGAAACAGGUCUACAUCUGUUAGUCAGGCUUCGGGGAGAUUGAUGUCUGUCGAAUCACAAGAUUUGUUCUUACCGACUUCUUCUCCACGUCUGGAACCGAUGGACGUUGACGUCACCGUGAUCGACAUAGACUUAAUCACAGAAGGGACCGAGUCGAAGGAUAUUCUUCCAUCUUCUGAUGCAUCAACUUCAACUCAUGUCUCCGAGCCUCCUAGCGCUCAGUCAUCGAAACCUCCGUCUCGUAUGACUGGUAUCCCUCCAACUCGGUUUUAUGGAUCCUCUGCCAGCAACAAGGGGAAGCAGAAGGCUGUCGAGCCAGCUUUUGUACCUGAUUCUGAAGAGGAGGACGAACGCAAUGAGGACGAGAAGAACGAGCGAGAAGUAGAUGCUAUGUUGGACGUUCAAUCCAAUCUGGCCACUCAGACCACUCAAACUUCCAAUGAUCCUCUUCGGACUUGGAUCUUCACGCUAGAUUCCCUAGGUUCACGGCACCCUCAAGCACAGAAAGUAUUGAGGUACUGGCUUCAGGCUGAAGCGAAAGACAAGCGACAAUAUGACGAGGUGAGGAUUGCUGAAGUCAAGUUUGCGCAGGUCCCAUCGCAGCCCAACUUCGCCGACUGCGGAAUUUACCUGCUACAUUUCGCUAAGACCUUCCUUGAAGAUCCCGUUCACUACUUUGAUCUCAUCCACCGAAGCAAGAAAAUAUAUCCUGCUGAGCAGCGCAAAGUCGACUGGAACGAGUCUGUAGUACAACACUCCCGGCAGGAUCUUAUUAAGCGGAUUAAAGUUCUUUCUAAGGAAUGGAAAGUUUCGAGGGCGGCGAAGGAAGAGGACGCGAAACGCAAACGGAAAAGCGAAGAGCUUGGGCAAGCUGAUAACGAUUCAUCGGAUGCGGAGGUGGACAUACUUGAGGAUGUCAAGGUCCCACAGCCCACGUCCAAGUUAAAGAAGAAGGAGAAGGUCGAGGAGGAGGAGGAUGAGGACCGACCAACGAAGAGGCUGCGCGGUUGAGUCUGGGGCCUCUCAGCGCCUUGAGUGACGAGGAAGCUACUUACGAAAUCGAUUAUUUUUUGAUUCAUACAUACUUUUUAGACCCUGCAUACUGAGUCCCAUUGGACGGGUACCCUAUGUACUGUGAUUAAUGUUAAUGCUGGCAUCAUAAUCCAUGACCACCUGGUAUAAUAAAUAUAUUUCUUUCCAAGCAGGCAGUGCGGAUUGGGGCGAUCAUCCGCGGUAGACCGUGGAGUAACACAUGCCCAUGUAGCAGCCUAAAUUCCUGUGCCCAAGCAAUCGUGU